AGGCUCAGGGGGGACUGCAUCGACGUCCAAUCGCCCAUUGAUCGCCGUCCGCAACCACUUUGGCUCAACUUUGCUCACGAGCUUCUUCAACUGUCACAUCGCACUUCACACUCUCUUCAAGCUCUGUUUCCCGCCGGCGCUUCUGUUUCCCGCCGGCGCAGCUAGCUCGUUAGGAUGGCGGCCCUCCAUCAGGCACCGUGGGCCAUAUUUUUGGCGGUCAUGCUCUCCCCAUCGGCCCGCGCCGUCAAGAUCGCCGUCGACCCCGCGUCGCGCAGCGACCUCGCCUCUGAUCUCGCCCCGCGCCCGACCGCCCACGAGGGCACGGCGGCCAAGGAGGCGGCCAUCAACGAGAGGGCCACCAAGGCAAACUCAUGGGUACAGGACACGUCGUGGGUCGUUGAUGCGAACUCGCCCGGCUAUGAUUCUUCGACGCUCGCGGCAAACGUAAUGGAUGGGAACUUCGACACCAUCUGGAAUUCAGCGGGGAAUGACAGCUGUAGAACUCACUGUAACAAUUGGUGGAUCGAAUUUGAUCUUGGCUCGGAGUACAUGUUGUACGGCAUUCGAAUCACAAAUAUGGGCGAUUACGGGCAUGAUGCGACAGUUGUGGAGCUCGCCGCGGCAUCGGCACGAGGCGGACCAUUCAGCGCGGCUUUUACCACGCUCAGCUUGGUCCAUUCCACUUCUGCGGUGCAGGAGUUUGGCAUCAGCUAUGGCGCACCAGUGCAACAUGUUCGGCUGAGGGUCACGGACACCGGGAAACCACAAGGUUACCAACCAUACAUUCGCGAAGUCCUUUUUCAGCUUGAGCAGGCGACGACCACCACGACGCCCAGCCCGACGCCCAGCCCGACCCCAGCGGCGACCACCUCGACGACGCCGGCGGCUGGCGGCGCUUCUGUCACAGGAGAUCCACACCUGCAGAAUAUUCACGGUGAGCGUUUCGAUUUGAUGAAGCCUGGCACUUACGUGUUGAUCAACAUCCCUCGCAAGGUCCGUGCAGAAAACGCGAUGCUUCGAGUGGUGGCCGAGGCGCGCCGAUUGGGCGAAACCUGCACGGACAUGUAUUUCCAAUACUUGAAUGUUACAGGGCUCUGGGCAGAGGCCAAACAUGCAGGAGGGUACCACUACGACUCGUACAGUGCCGUCGAGGAUUUUCCAGAGUGGUUUGCGGUUGGUAAUGUUGAGGUCAAGAUUGUUCAUGGGCGAACGCAAACCGGGAUAUUGUAUUUGAAUUUUUUCAUAAAGCAUUUGGGCCGAGCUGGCUUUCCCGUCGGAGGCCUGCUGGGAGAGGACGACCACGACGAUGCGGCCACGCUGCCGGCCGGAUGUGAGAAGCUAGUGGCAUUGCGUUCAGCUGCGCACUCCAGCUCUUCUGAGCUGUCAGUUGCCAUGGCAAGCUUGUCAUGACCCCGAUAUCCUAUAUGCUAGGAUUCGUUCAUUGGUGCCUCACGGGUUUCCUUCCCUGACGCAUCUGCUUGCGGAGUCGUGUCGGCCUCGACUCUCAUCUGCGUUGGACUUCCGUCGUGCGCGCCGAAGUUUCUCGAUCUUUCGAGUGCGCGAGGUCUGCUUUUUGCUGGAGCCUGGCACUCUCCAGGGGCCCCGCAUCCGUGCAUGAUCACGUAUGCGCCUGGUGCUGCCGCCUUUUGUGAGUCUUCGAGAAAACAGCACGCCGUUGCGGAACAGAACAAAAUCGCCCACUGAUCGCCGAGAGGGGCCCG